AACUACUGUCACCAUGUUCCCAGGAUCAGGACAACACUCGUACGGUGGUAGACCACAGCAGUACCAACAAUCCAAUAACUACGGCCCACCACAGGGGGCACCACCCUCGGGCUAUGGCCAACAACAAUAUUCCAGACCCUCAAAUCCUCCUCCCCCACAAUCACAACAAUACGCCAGAGGCCAAUUGUCGGCUCCCAGUACCGCGCCCCAGCAGUUCAACUCGCAAGUAAACGCCCAGUUUCUGUACUCAAACUGUUCGGGCCGUAGAAAAGCUUUGCUCGUGGGGGUCAACUACUUUGGCACCAACAACGAGUUGAAAGGGUGCAUUAAUGAUGUUAAGAACAUGAGUAGCUUUUUAAACAAGCAGUUUGGGUACUCGUGGGACGAUAUGGUGAUUUUGACCGAUGACCAGCGCCAGUACAACAAAAUUCCUACUCGAGAAAACAUCUUAAGAGGCAUGCAAUGGUUGACGCGUGAUGCCAGGCCCAACGACUCGUUGUUUUUCCACUAUUCGGGCCACGGGGGAGUGACUAAGGAUUUGGACGGAGAUGAAGAGGAUGGCACUGACCAGGUGAUUUAUCCGUUGGACUUUGAACAGAAUGGGUUCAUUGUAGACGACAUCAUGCACGAGAUCAUGGUUAGACCUUUGCCAAUGGGAUGUCGGUUAACGGCGUUGUAUGAUUCGUGCCAUUCCGGAACCGCGUUGGACUUGCCAUAUGUCUACUCCACCAAGGGAGUAGUGAAAGAACCCAGUAUUCUCAAGGACGUGGGGGGCGAUGCGUUGUCGGCGGUUCUUUCGUAUGAACGUGGUAACGUGGGAGGCAUGCUCUCUUCCUUGGGGAAGAUGGCAAAAACGGUGAUGAACCAAGGUAGUUUUGAUGAGGACAAGGUAAGACAGAUGAAGGCUUCUCCGGCAGACGUGAUCAGUUUGUCGGGAAGUAAAGACGACCAGACAUCUGCUGAUGCCAGCUUCAACGGGUCUGCCAGUGGUGCCAUGAGUUAUGCCUUCAUCUCCAUUUUGUCGCAGUUCCCUGAACAAUCCUACCUUAGUUUGUUGAACAGAAUGAGAGACUUUUUAAAGGCCAAGUACUCACAAAAGCCUCAGUUAAGUAGUUCUCACCCCAUAGACAUGAACUUGAAGUUUAUCAUGUAAGGGCAGUAAUAUAAAUAAAUAUAUAAGUUUUGUCUGGUGU